AUGGCGCAUGAGCCUGACCGUUUAGCAAAACAGUGGAAAGAGGGAUCCUGGGUGGGUGGGAUGGGUAAGGGAACGGAGGUAGAAGUGGAGUGGCCUCUUUCCCCUGAUUUCCCCCUUUUCCCUUCCCGCGCUUCCGUCCCCUCCCUCCCCCUUGUUCCCCGACCUUGCAUAGAAACCGCUCUCCCCUCAUUUUUUGUGCUCGUUCCUCAUCUCCCCGGCUCUCCCCAUCCCCCACUCCCCCCUCUCCCCCCCUCCCACCGUACCCCCACUCACCCGUCAUCUUCCCCCUAUUCCCACGUCCUGACCAUCCCUCAUCCCCCCCGCUCUCCCCUCCCCUUUCCCCCGCUCACCCCUUUUCAACCCCACCCAUACACUCCUCAUUACCUUUUCCCAUCCAUCACCUCUCUCCAGUCCCUUCCCCAUUCCCACAUUUUCAACCCACAUUCCCCCUCCACUCACCCUUCAUCUCCGCAUUCCCAUCCACCUCUCUCCAGACCCUCCCCCUCCUCUCUCCUGCCCCUCCUAACCCUCCCUCGUUCCCCCUGCCCCUACCACUCAUCUCACAGCUCUCCUCAACUCCCUCUCCCGCUCACCCCCUCAUCUCCCCUUCCCCGCACCUGCUACUUGUCCUCUUGCCUCUGCUCCAUGCCUCAGCUCCUUCGGUUUGCUGCUUCCCUUUGA